AUGGCCAAGGUGUUCGCUUUGUUUCACUGCCAGGUGAGAGAACUUGGCUUGGUUAAGGGCAAGAUGUAUGAGCUCGGGAUAGGACACACGUCCAUUCUACAAUGGGGUCAGUACUUUAGAGACGUGUGCUAUCGCCGAGACAUACGUGACGAAGAGAAAAUACAACUGAGGCCGGUGCUUACGGACAUCGGUGGUGGUUUGGUGGGUACGAAAGAAGAAGUGGCUGGUGGUUCCUCGUUCCCGUUCGAAGACGGGAUUGCUGAUCUUAUUACGAAGUAG